ACUUUGACAGUUCUAUAGCGGCAUUGUGCUGUCAAAAACUGGCGUUUUGCGAAUUGUGUGCAGAGACAAUUUGUGAAAUUAGUUGCUUUCUAUAAAUAAAAUUUCUAUUGUACCAUAAGUAGCAUAUUAUUUUAAAAUGGCGCUUGUUAAACCAAAGUCAGAAUUGACACCAGAAGAAUUGGCACGUCAAGAGGAGGAAGAGUUUAAUACUGGUCCGUUAUCUGUGCUGACACAAUCAGUUAAAAACAAUACACAAGUACUUAUUAAUUGCCGCAAUAACAAAAAGUUGCUGGGACGUGUUAAAGCAUUUGAUCGUCACUGCAACAUGGUUUUGGAGAAUGUCAAGGAAAUGUGGACGGAAUUACCACGCACUGGCAAGGGCAAGAAAAAAGUAAAACCUGUCAAUAAGGAUCGUUUUAUAUCAAAAAUGUUCUUACGUGGAGAUUCUGUUAUAUUGGUACUACGCAACCCAUUGGCAACAGCCGCGGGCAAGUAAAUCGACUGGCUACUCACUAGGCAUAACAAAAUUUACAAUUAAAAGCGUAGUAUUAAUCUUAAUUAAAUAAACAAAAAAAUUUUUCUAA